AAAUAGACACGGGACAGGUCGGGAACAACAAACUCAUCGGUGGCUAGCACAGAGCAAAUAUUGCUAUUUGCCGAGCUCUUCAGAGCGGGGAUAAACCGAUAACAGGAGAUACAGACCUGAUAAGACCAUCCACUCGGAGGUUCAGUGGAAGAUUUAUUUCCCAUCCAAGUCAUAACCUCUGCGAAGUUUCAACCACAAUGCGGCUGAGAUUGCUGGCUAUCUGGGUCUCCCUAGCUCUCUUACUUCAGUGGAGUCGGGCCCAGGAGGACAACAUUCAAGAGGUCAGCAUAACUGGAGGAUCAGAAGGUGAAAGCUCGGAUAAAAAUGAAGACCACCCUGCAAAAACAGAGGAAAGCGGUGAUGAGUCUCCUGGCGGCAAACAGCCUUUAUUGAACACAACAGAGCUGCCUGCCGAUGACAAGGAGCCCGUGGGAGGUGAAACAAGUUCACAAGCUAUGCCAACCGAUGACAGUCAAGGGGGAGAGAUGGGUCAUCAAUCAGGAGAGGAUAAAGACAAGCCUGGUGAAGUCAGCGUGGACACAAAUUCAGAAGUGGACCACAAAGUAGAAGAAACAGAUGAAACACAAUCAGAAAAGGAAAGUACCGAUACUUCUCCUCCACCAGAUCAUCAAUCAGGAGAGGAUGAAAAGAAGCCUGAUGAAGUCAACAUGGACACAAAUUCAGAAGUGGACCACAAAGUGGAAGAAACAGAAGAGAUUCAGUCAGAAAAGGAAGGUACCGAUACUUCUCCUUCGCCAGAAACACCGGAGGCAGAAAAGGACGACCAACCAUCGGAUCACUUAGAUCCGUCUCCUACUAUUACCCAGGGAUCAUCCUCAGAAGUGGAACCCAAUAUUUUAAACCGCCCACCAACAUCACCCGAGGAGGGAACUCAUUUCGCCAACGAGACUUCAGUCGUAUCAUCGGGAGGAUCCCCCGAUUACCCAAAUGACGGACCCCACGAGGACACUACUCCUCAACCCACAGCCGGAACCACCCUGUCACCACCCACUCCCCCAAUUCCCAUCCCAGUAUUCCCUCCUUUGACCUGCUACUCCUGCAUGGUCUGCAAUAAAACCGCUGUGAAUGAGACGCAGUCCAAGUGCCCACCGAUUCCAGGGAAACAGAACGGAUGCCGUACCAUACUCGUUAAAGAUCCCUUCAUCGUGCCGGGUAAAAGGAAUUAUCUAAGUCGGGGCUGCGAAUCCGACUUGGAUACUUUGUCUCGCUAUUGUGAGGACAAUGAGCAACUGUGUCCAACGUGCUACGAAUCCAACUGUAACAAUCAUAACAUGACCCAGUUUGAAGAGACUUCUGGCUCAGCUGCAGCCACUAGUCAAUUGCUGACGUUGAGCCCUUUCCUUAUCUGGAGCAUCUGUUUGUUCAGUUGGCAGGUGCGUUAUUGAAAAUAACUCCCCCGCACUUCUGAGUCAUAACAAUCAAUAAGUAAAUGGAUAAUGGCACACUUAAAAAUCGAUAAGUAUGACUAACACUAGGAGUCGCAGAUUAGAUCGGCAGGUCUUAUCUGCAAAUCACAUAGGUCGAAAAUAUAAUUAUAAAAAAUAAA